CAACCGAAUUUUGCUUGUCAGUUAAUGCCCAUCAAUCGAAUCAAUCCCAGCACAGCCAUGAGAAGCGCGUCGCUUAAGUUCUAUCUGAUAUGUCUGCUAGUUAUCUGCGUGAUCGGUUGGAGUGCUGGAGCACCGAGUCCGCAACUUACACGUAAGGAACUCGAGGAUCGAUAUCGCCAAAGGCCUCCGGUGCCGGAUGAGCGAGAUGCGGAUGCAGAAUUGGAUAGUGCCUUCGAUCGGUUUAAACGAAGACCUUGAAGUGCAAAUCUGAAAGGCUGGAGACACCCAACGCACACAAUCGAUUUGUGGUUCUAUAUGGAGUGGCAGUUUUUAUGUCGUAUUCAGGGUUAUGGCUAUGUAGUUCUAAGCUUAGGCAAAAUGUACAAGCGUAAAAUAAAGCAAUUACUUGGAUGAAACGUG